AUGAAUCUGUCUAUCUAUCUGAUACUAAUCAUAUCUAUCUAUCUAUCUAUCUAUCUAUCUAUCUAUCUAUCUAUCUAUCUAUCUAUCUAUCUAAUAUUUUUCAUAUCUAUCGAUGAAUCUCACCAAUUUAAUCUUUCCCUUCUUUCUCGUCUGGAGUUAUUCCAUCCGAGGGAAGCCAAUCGAAGCCAUCCGACCGAACUUGAGCGUCAUUUUCCAGCUUGCUCAACAGAGAGCAACACCUGCUCUUCUCUUAUUCCAACCGAACAAUUGAUUAUCGACUUCCUCAAAUUCAUAAUUUUCGCUUUUUUUUCCUUAUUUUCUUUCCUCUUUUUAUUUUUCUUCCAUUUUGUUUCUUUUAUUUAUAACUGUUGUAUUUUCGUUUUAAAUCAUUUUGUCUCUUUCUUUCUUACUUUCUUUCUUUCUUUCUUUCUUUCUUUCUUUUCAUUUUCUGCCUUUUAUUUGUACUUUCUUACUGUAUUCGUUUCCUUUAUUUUAUUUAUUUUUCUUUCGCGUUCUUUUGUUUCUUUCCUUUGUUUCUUUCUUUAG